AUCGCGCAAGUGCAGACCCUCUGCUUCUGCCGCAAACGGCGGGCCUCACCUGGACCCGGGGACUCUUCAACGAGGGGCGCUAGCCUGGCCCGACUGGGCGAGUCCCCGCGUCCCUGCCCGUUCCGUCGCUCAGUUCCACGACUCGCUCCCCUGCCGCCCCGCCUGUUCGCGGGUGGGUGGGCGCUUCCCUCGGCUCCCCGUGACACUUUGCAGACGCUCCCCGGCGCCGGGCAUGGGCGCCGCCGCCGUCGGUCCCCGAGCCGGAUUCCGCGCGCGGGAGCCCACGUCCCCAGCUCACUUCUCCCCCAGGACCUAGGCGGCUGGGCCCCCUGCCCCUGACUCCAGGAGCCCAGGAGUUUGAAGCCCAGGCGCGUUUUGCCUCAGUCCUGGGGUCCAGGCUCCCUCCUCCCUCAGACCAGGGGUCCAGGCCAGAAGGUCCCUCCUGUCUCAAUUCACCUCCCCCAGGAUGGACCCUCCAGUCCAUCUGCGUCUCUCCAUUUGUGGCUGCCGUUUCUGUCCAGUGCCCCUGAGGCCCUCGGCUGCUGGGGUCCGCAGGAAGCCGCGCCAUGAAUGACCGGAGCAGCCGGAGGCGGACAAUGAAGGACGAUGAGACCUUCGAGAUCUCCAUUCCCUUCGAUGAGGCACCCCACCUAGACUCACAGAUCUUUUACAGUCUGAGCCCCUCUCGGAGAAACUUCGAGGAGCCUCCGGAGGCUGCGUCCUCCACCCUGGCUCUGAUGAACAGCGUCAAGGCCCAGCUGCACAUGGCUCUGGAGAGGAACUCCUGGCUGCAGAAGCGCAUCGAGGACCUGGAGGAAGAGAGGGACUUCCUGCGGUGCCAGCUGGACAAAUUCAUCUCUUCUGCUCGGAUGGAGGCAGAGGACCACUGCCGGAUGAAGCCUGGGCCCAGGCGGAUGGAGGGGGACAGCCGUGGUGGGGCUGGGGGCGAGGCCUCGGACCCUGAGUCAGCAGCCUCCUCCCUCAGCGGAGCGUCCGAAGAAGGCAGCGCCAGUGAGAGGAGGAGGCAGAAGCAGAAGGGAGGUGCUAGUCGGAGGCGCUUUGGGAAGCCCAAGGCCCGGGAGAGGCAGCGAGUGAAGGACGCCGACGGGGUUCUCUGCCGGUACAAGAAGAUCCUAGGCACCUUCCAGAAGCUCAAGAGCAUGUCGCGGGCCUUCGAGCACCACCGCGUGGACAGGAACACCGUGGCGCUGACCACGCCCAUCGCCGAGCUGCUCAUUGUGGCCCCCGAGAAGCUGGCCGAGGUGGGCGAGUUCGACCCCUCCAAGGAGCGCCUGCUCGAGUACUCCCGCCGCUGCUUUCUGGCUCUGGACGACGAGACGCUCAAGAAGGUGCAGGCGCUCAAGAAGAGCAAGCUGCUGCUGCCCAUCACCUACCGCUUCAAGCGGUGAUCGCACCACGCCUCCGCGCCUCCACCCGGGCCUUCCUCCCCCGUGGACCCCGGUGGAUGACCUGCCCCUCUCCCCGCCGCGCCCCUGCGCCUCCUCCUCGCCCCCUGGGUUGGGGGCUCCCUUAGCCGGGCCCCCAAGCGCGACGGCCCCGGACCGGCCGCGGCCCCUUCCCGAACGCCGGCACCCCCUUUCGCUUGGGCUGCCCAGCCCUGUCCUCGCCGGGCCCCUUCCUCCUGGAAAACCAGGCAGGCGGGUGCCCCUCCCCCCCCCUCGAGUAGGGGACUGUACAGACCCCGUCUCCGCCCCGGCCCCGCGGAGGAGCUGCCCACCUGAUUCCCGGACAGACCUCCCCAACUCCGCGUGAGACAGAGAAUUAUUCAGAGAAUUUAAAUUAAAAAACGACGUCAAAAUUUGGAGUAAA